UUCAGUUGCCUAGAACAGAGGCCAAAGGUCUACUCACCGUGAGCACCUUGGUGAGAGAGAGCGAGAGACUCGCCAUCGGUGGGUUUUUACCCGAGCCAAACCAGAAAAAUGAAAAGAAGAAAAGAAAAAGGAGAGAGAGAGAGAGGGAGGGAGAGAUCGAAGCAAGAAAAAGAAAGGAAGAUGAAAAAAAUGUAAAAAUCGAAGAUCUGAUCUUCAAUCGAUCUCGACAUCGCCAGGAAUGGUUGGGUUUUGAUGCGUUUGGUGGGAAAAAGUUUCAGAAAAUUCAGUCUUGUGCCUUUUUUUUCCUGCAUUUUGUGUGUUUUUGCCGGAAUUGCUGAGUUUCUGGAAAUCGCUUUUGAUUUCGUCGGGGAGAGUUAGGUUUUGGAUGCGGUAGAUGUGGGAGAAAUCCCAAAGGUUUUAUUUUUUGCGUAUUGUGUAUGAGUUGUGGUUUGAUUUGUAGGAAUUUGCUUUGGAGUUUCUGAGAUUGGCCCCUUUCGGAGAUCUCUCUUCGACUCUGAUGUGAUUUGUUUGGAAAUUAGGGUUUUGGCCUUUUUUUAAGCAAUGCUGCAUCAGCGAAAUAAACAAAUUUUGAUCGAUGCUGUUGUCCAUGCGGUAAAUGAGGACUAUGUUGAGAUGGAAAAUGAUUUCACGAGGCUUGGUUUCCUUGCUAGUGGAAUAGAUGUAUCUCCAAUUAUUCGAGCUUUAGAAGCAAUUUGGCAAAAUUCAGUGGGAAAAGGACUUUCUGACUUUAAUUUUCGGAGUGUUACUGCCAAACAAGAGAAGUCAGCAAGGCGAUGCCUUUUUGAUAGUGACAGAUUGAAUUUUGAUGGACAGACGACAGAGAAGAUCAGCAAGGUUUAAAAUCGGUGUACCAGUUAUUGCAUCGUUCACCACCGAUACAGCUCUGUAUUGGGCUGUUUCGGGUCGAUACAGCCAUAUCUUUUAUGGACGAUACUGGUAUGUAUCAAUACGUACUGGUUCUGGAAGAUACUUUAAACCUUGUUCCUGAGUAGCUAGCUGAUCAAUCUGACCAACCAAAAUUAGCAAAAUUAAGCUGUUCAUUUCUUGGAAUUGAAUUUUGGACAUUUUACAAAUUUUAUUUUUGACUGUUCAA